AGUAACUGUCAGCUCCAUGUUUACAAGCGGUAUUUAUUAGGAGCAGUCUCCCCCUACUGUCAGUGCUUUACGGUCUAACCGACCGAGUGUGUCCGUAAACUCGCCGCUGCUUUAAUGCGCUACUAUCGACAUUUUCACAGCCUCUGCUUUUCUUCGGGGUAAUUAUCGCCGCCCAGGCAGAGCAAGGAAAGAAAGACAGCAGGCACCAAGUCGUCGCCUCGGGUUCUCUUCGAAGGAAUAGGCGGAUCUGAGCGUACACAGAGCAUACCCUGCCAUCCUUGUCUGAUGAAAGAGUCACGACAUCUGCUUCAGAUACACAGACCAUAUUCGCAUACAAAGAUGCAGCCCACUGUGGUUCUUCUCUUCUCCUCGAUCUUCCUCCUGGCUUUCAUCAUCCCAUUCUGCUUCUCCCAGAACGAGGGAGACCUGGUUGUUCAGACACGUACCGGUCGAGUUCGAGGCAUCCGCCAGCUGGUGCCGGAUCAGAGCUACAUAACUGCUUUUCUGGGCAUACCCUUUGCUGAGCCCCCACUGGGGAACCGCCGUUUCCGUCCUCCAGAACCCAAACGUCCGUGGACUGGAGUGAUCGAGGCCAAGGAAUACCCCAACGCGUGCUAUCAGUAUGUGGACACAGCAUUCCCAGGCUUCCAGGGCAGUGAGAUGUGGAAUCCUAACAGAGACAUGAAUGAGGACUGCCUCUACCUCAAUGUCUGGGUGCCCUCCUCGCCCAGACCUCACAACCUCACUGUCAUGGUGUGGAUCUAUGGUGGAGGCUUCUACAGUGGAUCUUCUUCUCUGGAUGUGUAUGAUGGCCGUUACCUAGCUCACAGCGAGACAGUCAUUGUGGUUUCGAUGAACUACCGGAUCGGUGCUUUCGGCUUCCUGGCUCUGCAUGGCUCCUCCGAGGCUCCUGGCAAUGUCGGCCUCCUUGACCAGAGGAUGGCGCUGCAGUGGGUACAAGACAACAUCCAUUUCUUUGGUGGAAACCCUAAACAGGUUACGAUCUUUGGCGAGAGUGCUGGUGGAGCUUCAGUAGGAUUCCACCUGUUGUCUCCAGACAGCCGACCCACUUUCACUAGAGCCAUCCUCCAGAGUGGGGUCCCCAACUGCCCCUGGGCCUCAGUGAGUCCCGCUGAAGCCCGCAGACGUGCCACACAGCUGGCAAAGUUCGUCGGUUGCAACGGAGGAAACGACACCGAGAUAAUAGACUGUCUGCGCAGUAAAAGUCCACAGCAACUUAUCGAUCAUGAGUGGCAGGUUCUGCCAUGGUCCGCUCUGUUCCGAUUUUCAUUUGUGCCUGUUGUGGAUGGCGAGUUUCUGCCCGACACUCCUGAGGCCAUGCUCAACUCAGGGAACUUUAAAGACACGCAGAUUCUCCUCGGCAUUAAUCAGAAUGAAGGCUCCUACUUCCUGCUGUAUGGAGCACCAGGCUUCAGCAAGGACAACGACAGUCUGAUCUCCAGAGAGGACUUCCUGGAAAGUGUUAGGUUGAGCGUACCUCAUGCUAAUGAUAUCGGCCUGGAAGCAGUGGUGCUGCAGUACACCGACUGGAUGGAUGAGAACAAUGAGAUAAAAAAUCGUGAUGCCAUGGAUGACAUUGUCGGUGACCACAACGUCAUCUGCCCGCUGGCCCACUUCGCUCGCUCUUAUGCACAACACAAUGCCCUCAAGGCUAACGUGGGUGGCAUCAACUUUGGUGGGGUGAACAGUGGAAACUCACAAGGAGGGAUGUAUCUUUACCUUUUCGAUCACCGGGCAUCCAAUCUGGCCUGGCCAGAAUGGAUGGGGGUGAUCCAUGGCUAUGAGAUUGAAUUUGUUUUCGGGCUGCCACUGGUGAAGAGGCUCAACUACACCCGAGAUGAGGAGAAGCUAAGCCGACGUAUGAUGAAAUAUUGGGCCAACUUUGCUCGGACUGGAAAUCCCAAUGACGUGCAGGGAGAUAGAGGGAAACGCUGGCCUGUGUUUACCGUCAGCGAGCAAAAACACGUUGGCCUCAACACCGAAUCACUCAAGAUUCACAAAGGUUUGCGAAACCAGAUGUGCGCAUUCUGGAAUCGCUUCCUGCCACGCCUUCUCAAUAUUACUGACAACAUAGAUGAGGCAGAACGUCAGUGGAAGGUGGAGUUUCACCGCUGGUCUUCCUACAUGAUGCACUGGAAGAGUCAGUUUGACCACUACAGCAAGCAGGAGCGCUGCACUGACCUCUGAGCGCCUCAGCGAGGAGACGACGGAGAGAAGAGCGGCGAGCGAGCCGUGGCUGUUUUCCUCCAUAGUUCCUGAGUGAAGGCUGACAUCUUUUUGUGGUUCUUUUGGUUCACAGCAUACACAAGCAGAGGCACUGUUGUCAUUUAUUUAUAUUAUUUAUAAUAUUUAUUGUUUUGUUUUUUUUAUUUGUGUAUGUGUGUCUGUGGAACUUAAGGGCUGUGGAGUAAAACUUGUCAUUGGAGGAGUAAAGAUGCGUCAUUACCUCGAAUGUGUGUGCGUAACUAUGUGUGCGUCUCAGAAACCGCCCAGUUUGACUCAGAUAACUUAACUGACCCGUCACACUGCUCCACUACGGAUUUACUGUAACCUCACGCGUCUCUGUGGUCAUCUCGUCACUUUUUUUGCUUUCUGGGGAUUUCUUCUUUCCAACAUAUCCGUUGUAUUUUUGGUCUCAUCACUGUUUUGUUUCUCUUUUAUUUAUUUAGUUAUUUUUAUUAAUACUGUUACAACCACUACUCCCAUUACCUGUACUGGUCUUGCUUUGUUUGUGUGUUUCUCCUGUGGUAAGCCAUAUACUAUUUUGCAUUUAUCUAACUGUUGCUGUGUGUGAAAACAUCAGAUUCCUCACAUUUUACUCAAUGUUAAAACUGCUGUAUUCUAGUUUGAUGUGAGAUGUAGAUAGUAUAUUACAUCCAGACCAACUGACUGGUGCCUAACUCGCAUUAUAUUACAAGUUCACUCAGUUUCACAGUUGAAUGGAAACAGAAACGAGUCCCGUUGAUGUUUAUGGGUCCUCUUGAGCAUCGCCUGUCUGUUGAAGCACGUCGGUGCUCAGUUCUUCUAAAUGUUCAGCCUUCCUGUGAGGGUCGAUUCUUCUGCACAACUGCACUGAAUUGUGCAUGUGUGCGUGGCCACUCAGUGUGCCACUCAUGUGUGAGACAGUAAGCUCGAUCUUUCUUUUCCUCCUUUUUUCUGUCACUCCUUCUGUUUGUCUUCCACCACAACAACCCUUCAUCCAGUCCCUCUCUCUGCUUUCUGCCUCUCCACUCUAGUUGUCAUCUUCAUCUCUAAUAAACCUCCACCCACCCUCA